GAAACCUGAAGUUCCCGGAAAAGGUUUUUUUUUCUGUUGUUCUGUUUGAGUCCCACAGAUAGCCGACAUAUUCCUCUCAGAUAAACACCUGAGAACAUCUCGACUGGAGAGGAGCCUCGGCUUUUAAAACGUGUCCUCUGGUUCUGUUCGGUUGUUUGCGCUCUCAGGUUGAAUCGUUGACUCAUCUGUCGGAGAGCAGCAGGCCUGCAGGUUCACCUCGACACAGCGACCUGUAGGCUCAGACACACAACACAAAAUAACUCAAGAGGAGAAGUUCGGGGAUAGAAGAAGUAGUUCGGGUGUUUUUAAAGUUGUAUUUUUUGCUGUCUAGUCCAGGCAUUGACCUCUUCAUGGACUACAUGGAUAGUGGACUGAGAUACACCCCAAAGUCGGACAAAGACUGGGACACUUCGGUCCAGUUCCUGCCAGCAUCAGAUAACAAAAAGCUUGAGAAGAAAAAGGGUCCAGGGAAGGUCGGGGCUGUGAUCGGUGUGGUGAUCUUUGCUGCUGUUGUUGCGCUUAUGACCGGACUGCUCGUCUGGCAUUUCCACUUCCGUAAAGAUGUGCGUGUCAAGAAGAUGUACAGCGGCUCCAUGCGGAUCACCAACCAGGUGUUUGAAAACGCCUACGAGAACUCCAACAGCACCGAGUUCAAGGCGCUGGCAAAGAAGGUGACUUCACAGCUUAAAGCCAUCUAUUCUAAAAGUCCACAGUUGGCCAAGUACUAUGUUGGUUCUACAGUUCAGGCUUUCAGUGAAGGCAGCGUUAUCGCCUACUACCUGUCUGAGUUCAGAGUCCCCACGGGCCAAGAGGCAGCCGUCGACAGCGCCAUGACUUCAAUGGACAAGCUGGUGGACAAAGAGCGGCGCAGCUCGUACAAGGCUGGAAACGAUCUGGUCUUUGAAGAUGUGGUGUCUUCAGCACUUGAUGCCCGCUUGUUUUCAACAUCAUUCAGCAGAUUCUUAAAGUUUUCAGAACAUGCAAAGCCCAAUAAUAUCGGGCAAAUCCAGUCCCCCGGCUUCCCUAACAGUCCGUAUCCCCCCAACACCUUCAUGGAGUGGCAGCUGAGAGCGGACCCCAACUACGUCAUCAAGCUCGCCUUUGACACGAUGAAUCUGGAAGGGAACUGCAAGAAUGACUUUGUCAAAAUCUACGACUCCCUGGUGGCCAUUGAGAGCCGCGUUAUGGAAGAGAUGUGUGGGUACUACUCACCCAGUGAACCACUGACCUUUCUGUCCUCUGGUAAUGUCAUGCUGGUGACAAUGGCCACAAAUGAAAAGAAGAACUUCCCAGGUUUUAGAGCACAAGUCUCACAAAUCCAACGUGGAAAUAAAGCUACGACAUGCGGUGGCCAGCUGAGGGCGGAAAAGGGCAGCUUCGCUUCCCCCAACUUCCCAAAUUACUAUCCUCCCCGGACUUCAUGUCAGUGGUCGAUCCAGGUCCCUGAUGGUAAGGCGGUGAAGUUGACGUUCAAAAAGUUCCUCUUGUCUGAGCCGGGGGAGGAAAAGCGUAAGGACUGUCGCAAAGACUACGUGGAGGUCAACGGAAAGAAACUGUGUGGAGAAAAGCCUGAUGGAACUGUGACGGAAACCAGCAACACCAACACAAUGAGCGUGCUGUUCUUCUCUGAUGGCUCCUAUGUGGACCGAGGUUUCAGUGCAGAGUUCGAGGCCAUCGACGUCACAGACCCUUGUCCACAGCAGUUCCAGUGCAGAAACCAGCGCUGCAUUAAGUUAGACCUCAAGUGUGACGGCUGGAAUGACUGUGGAGACAUGAGCGAUGAACUGAACUGCAAGUGCAAUGAAAAGGAUAUCACUUGUAAAAAUGGGUUGUGUAAGCCCAUGUUCUGGAAAUGCGAUGGCGUCGAUGACUGCGGAGACCGCACAGACGAGAUGGACUGUGGUGGAUGUUCAUCCGGACAAAUAACAUGCAAGAACAACAAAUGUGUUUCUGAGAAGAAUCGCUGUGACGGCAGUGACGACUGCGGGGACGGAUCAGAUGAGCUCGACUGCGGGAGAACAGCAUCUGGUGUAAGCUGCACUGACCUCACAUACAAAUGCAAAAACAAUAAAUGCAUCAAUAAAGUGAACCCAGAAUGUGACGGAACACCUGACUGCGAGGAUGGAUCCGACGAGGAGAGCUGCGACUGCGGGAGGAAUAUGUUCAAGACGUCGCGUAUUGUGGGCGGUCAGGAUGCAGAGCAAGGGGAGUUUCCCUGGCAGGUCAGCCUCCACGUCAAGACUUUUGGUCACGUGUGCGGAGCCACCAUCAUCAGUCCACGCUGGCUGGUCACCGCUGCCCACUGUGUGCAAGAUGACGGCAAGAUAAAAUUCUCCCAGCCUGGCACUUGGGAAGCUUACCUCGGCCUUCACACCCAGGGUGGUAUUGCAAGUGUCGUAGCGAAGAGGAACCUGAAGCAGAUCAUACCCCACCCUAAUUACAACGCAUACACCUUUGACAAUGACAUCGCCCUGAUGGAGCUGGACUCUCCUGUCACAUACUCUGACUACAUCAGGCCCAUCUGCUUGCCAUCUCCCCAACAUGAUUUUCCAACUGGCAGCACUGUGUGGAUCACCGGGUGGGGCGCCACAAGAGAAGGAGGAUCUGCUGCAAAGGUGCUCCAAAAGGCCCAGGUCCGAAUCAUCAACUAUGAGGUGUGUAACGGCUUGAUGAAUGGGCAGCUCACGUCUCGGAUGUUGUGCGCUGGAGUGCUGAGUGGAGGAAUCGAUGCUUGUCAGGGCGACUCUGGCGGCCCUCUGUCCAGUCCAGCCGACAGUCGUACGUUCCUGGCAGGAGUGGUCAGUUGGGGUGAUGGCUGUGCCCGUAGGAAUAAACCUGGCAUCUACACAACAGUCACCAAGUUCCGUGGCUGGAUCAAAGAAAAGACGGGAGUGUAGACCACUGCAGAACGGUCCAACACGGAUCAGGACAUGAAUGCAGACUGAAGUACCACAGAACUGAUUUUUGCUUCGGUCAAACGCCACUAUGACCUUCCAGCUGAUGUAGUGGCCUUGACUCCGUGGUAGUGUUUGCUUGAAGAGCAACUGCAGCACAUUUUAUGUCCACUGUGAUUUUUAUGAGGGUGGGUUUGAUGACAUGUUUUUAAAUGUAAAUAAAUGUUUUAUUUUUGUGUGUGUGUGUGUGUGUGUGUGUAUUUUAUUUUUUUUGCUGUUGUUGUUGGCAUGUUUUUAAUGGAGAAUAAUGUUAUGUGCCUCACAAGAAAUAGAUUUUAGGCAUGAUUGUUACACACACAUAUGAAAUGUGCGUCCUUGUACUCUGUUGUCCUGUGUUUUAUUGGUAGCCAGCAUAAGAAUUUCCUUGUUGUCUCUGUUCUAAAUUUUAUAAAUUUAAAAACAAAAUGACAGCAAGCUCGUUCCAUCAUACCUCCUAUGGCUUGGUAUCUUACGCAUUUUAUUAUUAGUUUUUAAUCCAUCAGAAAUCCCUGAAAAGUUACUGAUGUUCACUUUUGAAAGCAUUAGCAUUCCCAUCAUGGAUGUGAACUGCAUUUCUAUAACAGAGUAAAUUGGUAGGGUUUUGUUUUAGUUUAAUCUUCCAUGUUUAAUGGGCUAAUAUGACCUCUCUUCCAUUCAGCACAAUAUUUGUACAGUCUAGUUUAAUUUGUCUCAAAUCUGUGUAAAUGUGUAUUUUAUAGCAGAUGUUUUUAAAUAAAAUAUUUCUGAUAUAUCCUCCAA